UAAGAAGUUGCCCAAAUUGCUCAGAGAUUAGAAAGGGGAUUCGAGAGGCGAGGUGGGAUUUGAUUUCCCAGUCAAAAAUCAGUGUUGUGUAAGAAUGAAAGGACGUUUCCUGGAUAAGUGUCUUGGUGGAAAAACAACAAACCCUUCAGUGUGUGUGUGUGUGUGCGCGCCACAAGAAUGAUCGUCAUAAACUCAUCCCUUUGAUACAGCGCCUCAGAGGCAGAGUCUCCACCUCCUGACCCACAGCCAGUGUUGAUGUGCUUGGGAACUGAGAGGCCUCGCCACAAACACACACACACAUACACAGAGACAGAGACAUUCUCAGACCCUCUCUCUCCUGCACACACACACACGCACACACACGCAGACAGAGACAGACACAGACUCUCUCUGUCUCACACACACACAGACAGACACAGACUCCCUCUCUCACACACACACUGUGUAGCAGAACACUCAAAGCUUCCAGCCACCGCUCCUUGGGUGCGCUGUCCUAAAUCUGAGGCACUUUCACACUGCCUCAGCUUCCGUUUGUUUUCUUGGAAAACCAAAGGAAAAAAACUAAAAGAGAGAGAGAAACUUCUGCGCAAAUUAGCUGUUGGAAUUCAGCGGCUGGUUUACCGGCAGUCAGAGAGAGCCUGGGCUGUGAGUGAGGAAUAGAAAGGGAGAGAUAUCUAUCUCUAACCCCCUUAUACACACACACACAUAGACACACACAGACAUACUGUGAGAAGGACAGCUUGCAGCGGUCGCUUGGCUUCGGAAGUAAUCCCGGGAGUGAAGGCGGAUCAAGAGGGGGAGCUCCGGGACAAUAUGAACGGGAUGUGGAAACAGCGGCUGGGAACGGUGUCCCGGUCGCUUCUACUGACAUUCAUCAUCACAGGACUGUGUAGUGCUUCAUCUCUCCAUUCCUCAGAGGGAACUUCCAGCAGGUCCAUCGAGAAAAUCCUGGGCAAAUUUAGCAAAGAUUUUCAAUGUCAUCACAUGUUGAAGCACCUGUACAAUGGAGCCAGGAUAACUGUGCAAAUGCCCCCUCAGGUAGAGAGCCAUUGGGUCUCUACAAAUUGCGAAGUGAGACCAGGCCCUGAGUUCAUUACCAGAUCCUACAGAUUUUACUCCAAUAACACAUUCAAGGCUUAUCAGUUUCAUUAUGGAGACAAUCAUUGCACACACCCCACCUACACCUUCGUGAUCAAAGGGAAACUCCGAUUGCGCCAAGCUUCUUGGAUCAUUCGAGGAGGAACCGAGGCUGAUUACCACCUUCACAGGGUGCGGAUCGUCUGUCACAACAAGGUGACAGCUGAGGAGAUGAGCCUGAAGCUGAACAGGUCGUGCCCGGGGUUCAUACCAGGAGAGAAGGUGUGGGAGCCGAACGUGAGCUACAACCUGUGGAGCGAUGAUAACGGGUGCAACUGUUUCCAGGCUCUGAACUUUGCCAUGCACGAACUGCAGCUCCUCAGGGUCGAGAAACAGCACCUACACCACAAUCCUGAGCAUGUGGUGCAAGAGCUCUUUCUGGGGGAUAUCCACACAGAUUGGUCCCAGAGAAUGUAUUACAGACCCUCCAGCUAUCAACCUCCACUACAGAAUGCCAAGAACCAUGAUCAUUCAUGCAUGGCCUGUCGGAUAAUUUAUCGAUCAGAUGAGCAUCACCCUCCCAUUCUACCUCCAAAGGCAGACUUAACUGUAGGGCUGCACGGCCAAUGGGUGAGCCAACGGUGUGAAGUUCGGCCAGAAGUGCUCUUCCUCACCCGGCACUUCAUCUUCCAUGACAACAACAACACCUGGGAAGGGCAUUACUACCAUUUCUCGGACCCCGUGUGCAAGCAUCCAACAUUCACCAUCUACGCCAAGGGCCGUUACAGCCGAGGCAUCCCUUCCACUAAAGUGAUGGGAGGAACAGAGUUUGUGUUCAAAGUGAACCACAUGAAGGUAACACCAAUGGAUGCUGCUACUGCAUCUCUCUUGAACGUCUUCAAUGGAAAUGCAUGUGGUGCCGAGGGCUCCUGGCACGUGGGAGUGGAGCAGGAUGUCACUCACACCAAUGGCUGUGUGGCUCUGGGGAUACGCCUCCCUCACACAGAGUAUGAGCUCUUUAAAAUGGAGCAGGAUGCUAAAGGUCGAUACCUGCUGUUCAAUGGACAAAGACCUAGUGAUGGAUCCAGUCCAGACAGGCCAGAGAAGAGGGCUACAUCUUAUCAGGCUCCUUUACUCCAGUGUGCUGCAUCUGCAGUGGGAUUGGAUGAGUCAGUAGAAGAUGGCAAACAAGCCAGAUCAAUCAAUGAUGGAUCAGAGAGAAUUGAGCACUCUGGUGGCGCUGUUGUAUUACUGUUUAUUUGUGCAUUGCCCUCAUUGAUCAAGCAUAUGUUGAGCUAAGUGCAACCUCGUCUUCCUAAUGUUUCUAUGACGGAAAACUCUGUUGACUAGAAAUUUUUUCUCCUUCCAGACAGUUAAUUGACUUGAUGCACUUCAAUGCUGAAAUAUUGUUCCUCCAUUUGAAGGCAUCAGUAUGAUUUUUCCACUUUGAACUCCCUCCAGUCAAUUUCAGACAUGGAACAAGUAGCAUCUACUGCACAACCGUAACAGCACUUUAUUACGAUGGAAGACUUUAUCUGGCACACACUGUAAAAAUGUACAUAGUUUGCCAAGUAUAUUCAAGCUAGCAUCAUCGGUGGCAUUCUCCUCCCAACGCCUAUACGCUUCAGGUAACUCGAGAGGACAUUUGUAAUUGGUCAAUUGAACUAGUUUUUGUAUAUUUGAGUCAAUAGUUUCAAUGUACAAGAUCUGGAGUUAUAAAAAUGAACUAUCAGUAAAAGUUAGAAAGAAGGUAUUGUAUUCCUUACACAGGAACACCAGUAAAACAAAAUGGCAUCAAUUAAGGUAAUAAUUAAGAAAAUACUGCUUUUACAUUUUAUUUUUACUUACAUUAACACAAGUCAAUAUCUGUAUUAUUUCUACAAAAUAAUUUUUCUGCUGUGGGUUAUGUGUGGCACUUGUUUAUCAGUUACUUUGUUAACAAUCUAGGUAUAGGUUUGACAUUAUUUAUAUACCAAGCCACCAGAUUUUUUUUACUGGUCUGGUUUUAACUUCUGGCAUCAUUAAUUUUCUUACGAUUUUAGAAAGCACGUACUUUUGAGAAGUGCUUUUGGGCAAUUAUACAAGUAAAUAAUUAUAAUGUUGAUUAACUCCUGUCUGAUGUAAAGGUUCUUGUCUUUUUUCCUGCUCCCUUUUCCUACAACAUUUCGACAGAAAUCAUAACAAUGCUUCAUAUCAAAUCAAGGGACCCGAUGCUAUUCUAAAAUUGCAAAU